AUGCCUCCUUUCGCUAACUCUUUAUUAUCAAUACUAGGCACCAAAGUAUCCGAAGACCUUUUUACAUACACGUCUGGCAGAUAUGUGUUCAAUGAAUCUCUCAGGAAGAAGGAGCGCUAUAUCAGGUUUGACGUUGAUGCUUUCAAAAAACUCGCUGCGGGACAUAUAAACCAUGGGAAAGUGGCAGAUAUUACAAAACUGGCAGAAGGGGGCUUCAACCGCGUGUUCCUCCUGACUAUGGAGGAUGGUUUCCAAGCAAUUGCGAAAAUGCCAUACCAGACUGCGCUCCCAAAAUAUUAUGCAACUGCAAGUGAGGCAGCGACCAUGGAGCUAUUGAGGACAAUGAAUAUACCUGUUCCAAACGUGCUUGGAUACUCUGCCUCCAGCGAUAAUCCUGCUGGAGUUGAGUAUAUAAUCAUGGAGAGAGCUCAGGGAACCCAAGUAAAAGAACAAUGGGAUUCUAUGACAAAACGACAAAGGCAUAAAUUGGCCUCCAGUUUUGUGGAAAUUGAAAAGACUUUAUUCUCUCUACCAUUCAGCUCAAUUGGGAGUGUCUAUUUCAAAUCGGAUAUACCAGCUGAGCUUCAAGCGCCGUUACAUGAUGUACCCCCCCUUAGCCAAAGUGAUGGACAAAACAUUCCCGACAAGUUCUGUAUUGGCCCAAUUGCUGAUUACAUGUUCUGGUAUGGGGACCAUGUAUGUGCUGCCUUCACUGAAUGUAUCAAAAUGGCAACUGACUCUUCGACAGGGAACAGCUCUACUGCCUAUCUCCAAUCCAUCGCGGACAAGGAAAUUGAGUGGACACAACAAUACGGAAGGACACUUGAGCUUCAGUUCCCCCACAAUGGCGUGCUGACUGGCAAGCAAAAUCCAGACAUCUACGUUGACCUUUUGCGUAAAUACCUGGCAUUAGCCCCAUAUCUUCUCCCAAGAGAAGGCUCUGAACUAAACACUCCAACUCUCCGGCACCCCGACCUUAACCCAAACAACAUAUUCGUUGACCCUGAAACGUGUGAGAUAACUUGUUUAAUUGACUGGCAACAUACCACGAUCGAACCACGCCUCCUUAUUGCUGGCUAUCCCCGAGCCUUUGAGAACCCCGACACCGAUGAACCGCUCGAUUUAGAAGAGCCAACUCUACCGCCUGAGUAUGACAGCUUAGAGAGCGAUGAGAAAGCCGAAGCGGAUGAACUGUAUCGUCGUAUGCUGAUGACCCAUUACUACCGUAUAUAUACGGGUGUGUACAACAAGCCCCAUCUCAACGCCUUAAGAGAUCCCCUGUUGAACCCAAGGAAACACCUGGUAGAUAGGGCAGGACGCCAGUGGAGUGGAAAUACAAUUACCUUGAAAGGUGCUCUGGUCCGGAUGGUUGAUUACUGGGAUCAACUCCCAGAAACAAAGGGAAUUGAAUGCCCUGUAAAGUUCGACAUACCAGAUCUCGAUGAAUUUCUAAAGCAGGAAGAGAUGUGGCUCUGCUUCAACGCUGUCGUGAAUCAUUGGCGGGAUGAACUGUCUAUCAGUGAAGAUGGCUGGGUUAGUAACGAGAACUAUGAAGCUGCAAUGAAGGGAGUCCAGCGACUCAAGCAGGAUAUGCUCAACAAAGCAGAAGGCGACGAAGAGGACAUCAUCCUGAUCAACAAGGGGUGGCCGUUUGAUGAUCAUGAGGAGAUUAGCUGA